CGCCUGCAGAGGCAUUGGAGAUGCCUUCUAGCACUGAGGCGGCGACCGAUGAAUGUGAUGACACCGAGCUGCGGUGCCGGGUAGCCGUAGAGGAGCUGAGUCCUGGAGGGCAACCUCGCAAGCGCCAGGCUCUGCGCGCCGCAGAGCUGAGCCUAGGUCGGAAUGAACGCCGCGAGUUGAUGCUGCGACUGCAGGCACCCGGACCCGAAGGGCGACCACGCUGUUUCCCACUGCGUGCCGUGCGCCUCUUCACCCGCUUCGCCGCAGUUGGGCGCAGCACGUUGCGGCUCCCCGCCGAUGGCGUGCCCCGGGCUGGCUCAGUGCAACUGCUGCUCUCUGACUGUCCCCCGGAGCGCUUGCGCCGCUUCCUGCGCACCCUGCGCCUGAAGCUGGCGGUCGCCCCUGGGCCGGGACCCGCCUCUGCCCGUGCGCAAUUGCUCGGCCCGCGGCCCCGAGACUUUGUCACGAUCAGUCCGGUGCAGCCGGAGGAACUGCGCCGUGCUGUGGCCACCAAGGCUCCAGACUCAGCGCUGGAAAAGCGGCCAAUGGAAUCCCAGCCUAGUACGGAAGCUCCUAGGUGGCCCCUGCCUGUGAAGAAGCUACGCAUGCCCUCCAGUAAACCAAAGCUUUCCGAAGAGCAGGCUGCUGUGCUGCGGAUGGUUCUGAAAGGCCAGAGCAUAUUCUUUACCGGGAGUGCAGGGACAGGGAAGUCCUACCUGCUGAAACAUAUCCUGGGUUCCCUGCCUCCUACUGGCACUGUGGCCACUGCCAGCACUGGGGUGGCAGCCUGCCACAUUGGGGGCACCACCCUUCAUGCCUUUGCAGGCAUCGGUUCAGGCCAGGCUCCUCUGGCCCAGUGUGUGGCUCUGGCCCAUCGGCCCGGUGUGCGGCAGGGCUGGCUGAACUGCCAACGUUUGGUCAUUGAUGAGAUCUCCAUGGUAGAGGCAGACUUCUUUGACAAGUUGGAAGCUGUGGCCAGAGCUGUCCGACAACAGAAGAAACCAUUUGGAGGGAUCCAGCUUAUUAUCUGUGGGGACUUCCUACAGUUGCCGCCAGUGACCAAAGGUUCCCAGCAUCCUCGAUUCUGCUUUCAGGCCAAGAGCUGGAGGAAGUGUGUACCAGUGACUCUGGAGCUGACUGAGGUGUGGAGGCAAGCAGACCAGACCUUCAUCUCUCUCCUGAAGGCUGUGAGAUUAGGCAGAUGUUCAGAUGAAGUGACCCGCCAGCUCAGGGCCACAGCUGCCCAUAAGGUGGGACGAGAUGGAAUUAUAGCCACGAGACUGUGCACCCAUCAGGAUGAUGUGGCCCUUACCAAUGAGAAGCGGCUGAAGGAACUACCAGGUGAUGUACACAGCUUUGAGGCUAUAGACAGUGACCCCGAGCUAAGCCGGACCCUGGAUGCUCAGUGCCCUGUAGGCCGUGUCCUUCAGUUAAAGCUGGGGGCUCAAGUCAUGCUGGUGAAGAACUUGGCAGUGUCUCGGGGCCUGGUGAAUGGUGCCCGAGGGGUGGUAGUCGGGUUUGAGUCAGAAGGAAGAGGGCUUCCCCGGGUACGGUUCCUGUGUGGCAUCACUGAGGUCAUCCGCAGCGACCGCUGGACAGUACAGGUCACUGGGGGCCAGUACCUCAGCCGGCAGCAGCUUCCCCUACAGCUAGCCUGGGCAAUGUCCAUCCACAAAAGCCAGGGCAUGUCUCUGGACUGUGUAGAGAUCUCUCUGGGCCGUGUGUUCGCCAGUGGUCAAGCCUAUGUGGCCCUCUCCCGGGCCCGUAGCCUCCAGGGUCUACGUGUGCUAGACUUCGACCCCACCGUGGUUCGAUGCGACUCCCGAGUGCUGCACUUCUAUGCCACCCUGCGGCAGGGCAGGGGCCUCGGUCUGGAGUCGCAAGACGUUGAGGAGGCAAGCUCAGAUCUGGAGAACAUGGACCCAAACCUCUGACCUCGGCUGAAAGAGAAGACAAGCUUCUAGUUCUUUCAUGGGUCAAGGCCCUAGGAAUCAACUGGGAAGAGGCCCGUGUUUCUUCCCUCAUUCAGCCUCUGGUAGGGUUAAGGGACACAGUCUCCUAUCUACUUAACUAGCUUAGCCUCAAUUUUACCUGUUCUCCUGGAGAAAUGACUUCUGGGGUCAGAAACUAGAAAUGGUAAUGGUUAUCAGAGGACAAAGCUCUCCACAGAGGCUGGGACAGUCACAGAGUUCUUAGCUGCAGACUGGAGAGAGGC